AUGAGGGUCUUUUUCUGGAAUAUUCGUGGAGUGAGGAAGGCUGCUGGUAAAAGGGCCUUACGAAUGCUGGUGAAGGAGUUUUUCCCAGAUAUUUUAUGCUUGGCUGAACCUAUGGUUCAAGUGAGUAGAUUUCCAGCUCUGUUUUUCAAUAAGUUGGGUUAUUCUUUUGAUUUUAUUCACAAUAAUAGGCAGAAUAAGGUUCCAAAUUUGUGGAUUAUUUGGAAGUGUGGGAUAGCUCGUCCAAUUGUUAAAGCAAUGUCGGAACAACAUAUUUCAGUUGAGUGUGACUGGCCUGGUAGCAAGGUUGGCUUAUCUUUUGUUCAUGCGAGUUCUUUCAAAGUAGUUCGUCGCCAGUUAUGGUUGGAGUUGGAAUCGCAGGUUUCUUCUGCGAUUCCAUGGUCUGUUCUUGGAGAUUUUAAUGCAACCUUGUUUUCCAAUGAAAAAAGGGGGCCAGGAACCUUUAACCUUGGCUCUGCGGCAGAAUUCCAGGCGAUGAUAGAUGCUUAUCAUGCUCCGUUGCUUGUAAUUUCUGAUAUUGUCUCAAAGCCGAAUAACAUUCCAUUCAGGUUCCAUGGAUUUUGGAUGGAAAAUGAAAAUUUUCUUUCAGUGGUUGAUGAGGCGUGGAAGAUGCAGAUAAAAGGUGACCCUAUAUAUGUUUUAUCGGCAAAGCUGAAGAGAGUAAAGGGGGUGUUAAAGGUAUGGGCUCAUGAUUCCUUUUCAAAUAUUAAUAUGGAGUUAGAGCAGGCAACGAAGGCUUUAAAAUCGAUCCAAGACUCAAUUGAAGAAUCAGGUAUGUCUGAUGAUCUUUUCAAUAAAGAAGCUGAUGCUAAAACGGCCUUGCUGAUUGCCAGUCGUAGACACGAGACUCUUUGGGCUGAGAAGGCGAAACUGAGAUGGGUGAAAAAUGGGGACUGCAACUCCAAGAUUUUUCAUCUCUCUGUGAAGAUGAGGAGGGCGAGAAAUCAAAUUUCUGCUUUAAAGCGGGAGGAUGGGUCUUGGGUCUUGGAUCAAAGGGGAAUUGCUGAGUAUAUUGCCUCUUUCUUCGAGAAGUUUCAUGAACCAACCAGUAUUAUAGAGCAUCUUGAUCUUCUAGAUUGUAUUCCAAAAAUUUUGUCCAAUGAAGAUGUGGCUAGUCUAGAAGCGAUUCCUGGUAGAGAAGAAAUCAAAAAAGCAGUGUGGGAUAUGGAUCCUGAUAGUUCUCCUGGUCCUGAUGGAUUUCCAGGAAAUUUUUUUAGGAAAUGUUGGGAGAUAGUGGAGACGGACUUUGGUAAGGCAGUUGUUUAUUUUUUUCAAAUGGGAUACUUGCCCAAAGGAAUAAAUAACUGUUUUAUUUCCUUAAUUCCAAAAUCUGAUGGUGUUUUCUCUCUGGAUAAAUUUAGGCCAAUAUGCAUGGGUAAUUUUUUCUGUAAGAUUCUAUCUAAAAUUAUGUCCUCCAGGCUUAUGCCUCUUUUGCCGCGAUUGGUCUCAGAUGAGCAGGGUGCAUUUCAGAAGGGUAAGAUUAUUUCUUCCAAUAUUAGUCUGGCCUCGGAGCUGGCAAAUCUUAUGCAUUCCGCUGUGAGGGGUGGAGGAAUGGGAUUGAAAUUGGAUGUGCAGAAGGCAUAUGACUCCUUAUCAUGGAAAUUCCUUUUUGCCUCAUUGGUAAAGUUUGGUUUCUCGGACAAAUGGAUCUCUUGGAUCCAGCUUCUUUUUAGCUCUUCCAGGUUAUCUGUUUUAGUGAAUGGAGGGCCAGUGGGUUUUUUCCCAGUGGGCAAAGGUCUGAGACAAGGAGAUCCUAUUUCUCCAUUCUUAUUUAUCUUGGCAGAGGAGGUGUUCUGCAGAGGUUUGAAGUUGCUAGUAAGGGAUGGGAAGCUGAAGUCUCUCCCGGGACCUCGAGGUGUGUCCAUUCCCUCUCAUUUAUUUUUUGCAGAUGAUAUAUUUAUUUUUAUGAAUGCUUCUACAAAAUAUGUGAAGAAUCUCCAAGAUUUCCUAGAAAAAUAUCAAGCUUUUUCGGGGCAGAAUUUCAAUCUGGAUAAAAGUAGUCUGUUUUUUGGGAAGGUGGCACCCCACAGGAAACAAUAUAUUUCUUCUCUGUUAGGUAUAAAAUCAGAGAGGCUUCCGACGAAGUAUCUAGGCGUGGAAAUUUUUAAGGGAAGAGUGAGAGGAUCUCAUCUGUUACCUUUGCUAGAUAAGAUAAAAAGUAAGCUAGCUGGAUGGAAGGGUAAGCUGCUCUCAAUGGCGGGACGAGUGGAGUUGGUGCGCUCUGUGAUCUCUAGUAUUCCUGUACAUAACUUUGCAGUAUAUUGGUGGCCAGACCAUUCUAUUAAAUUGGUGGAGCGGUGGAUGCAUAAUUUUAUCUGGUCAGGUGAUAUGGAGGUUACAAAGAAAAUAGUGGUGAAUUGGAACAAUGUGUGCAAACCAAAACAGGAAGGGGGGUUAGGUAUUCGUAGACUGCGAGAUGUAAAUUUUGCCUGUUUAGCAAAAUUGACUUGGCAGAUUAAGCAUGAGGAGUCCUCUAUGAGUAAGUUCUUCCGGGGUCGUUUUCUAAAAGCAGACGGAUCUCUAAAAUCUAGCCAUAUAUCCUCUUCGAUUUGGCCAGGGAUAAAGAAAGUUUGGAAUUUUGUGACUUUAAAUGAGCAGUGGACAGUAGGUAAUGGACAAAAAAUUGAUUUCUGGAAGGACAGAUGGUUGGAUCAUCUCUCCAUUGAAGAAAUGCUUCUGAAUGAUGGCGGUCACAGUGGGAAUUUAAAGGCAAAAGUCUGCGAUUUUAUCCAUAACUUUAGAUGGGAAUUUCCUCAGGUAGCAUCUAAUUUCAUGAAAAAUAUUACAAAUAAAGCAAAAUUGAUCUAUAUUUCAGGCAUGGAGGAUGAAUGUCAUUGGAGCCCUUCUUCAGCAGGAGUUUUUUCCAUAAAGUCAGCCUGGGAAGCCUGUAGAAGAAGCUCGCCUAAGACACUAGCCCAUUCUGGGGUGGCUGUUUCGAUUGAAGAUUUGAUGUGCGCUAGAAGGUUGGGAUUUUCAGGGGUUCAACGCCGGCAAAAAGAAUUAUUUGAAAUUUUUUGGUGUACUCCUCCAACAGGAUGGGUCAAAUUAAAUUCUGACGGCUGCUCGUUGGGCAAUCCGGGAAAAGCAGGUGGGGGAGGUCUUCUGCGCAAUGAGAAGGCUGAAGUGUUAUAUAAUUAUAGAGAGUUCAUUCAAAUUGGCACAAAUUUUGAGGCGGAAUUCCAGGCUAUUAUUGCAGGAAUUGAAGCUGCAAACCGAUUGGGGGUGCAAAGUUUAUGGAUUGAAUGUGACUCAGUCGCAGUGGUUCAUCUUUUGCAGAAAAAGAAAAUUCCUUGGAAAUUUCGGCAAAGGUGGAUUAACUGCUUACCCUACCUUGAAAGGGUGGUGUGGAAGAUCACGCACUGCUUUUGUGAAGCAAAUUCUGUAGCGGAUUUCUUGGCAAAGUCUGCCGCUCGCUUUGAGACCUCUUUACCAGUGACAUCUUGGCCGGCCUUGGUAAAAAUGGAUCUAGAUAUGGAUGCCUCGGAUAGUGUUAUCAAUGUGGAGAUCAGUCAGAUACCUCAGAUUCCCUAUAGAAUUGGGUAUAUCAGAAAUGCCACUUGUGCUCAAGUUCAGCUUAGAUAA